CUCUUGUGCGAUUCAGGGCGCGCAAGGCUGGGAGAGCGCCCCGGGGCCCCUGCUAUUCGCGCCAGAGGUUGGAAGAGGGUGGGUCGCCGCCGCCCGAGGGCGAGAGCGCCAGAAGAGGGGGAAGAAGGAGCGCUCGCCCGCCCGCCUGCCUCCUCGUUGCCUCCCCGGCGCUGGUUCUCUGGACUCCUAGGCUUGCUGGCUGCUCCUCCCACCCGCGCCCGCCUCCUCACUCGCCUUUUCGUUCGCCGGGGCUGCUUUCCAAGCCCUGCGGUGCGCCCGGGCGAGUGCGGGGCGAGGGGCCCGGGGCCGGCACCGAGCAGGGGGCGGGGGUCCGGGCAGAGCGCGGCCGGCCGGGGAGGGGCCAUGUCUGGCGCGGGCGCAGCGGGGCCCGUCUGCAGCAAGUGACCGAGCGGCGCGGACGGCCGCCUGCCCCCUCUGCCACCUGGGGCGGUGCGGGCCCGGAGCCCGGGUAGUGUGUAGAGCCGGCGCGAUGCACGUGCGCUCACUGCGCGCUGCGGCGCCGCACAGCUUCGUGGCGCUCUGGGCACCCCUGUUCCUGCUGCGCUCCGCCCUGGCCGACUUCAGCCUGGACAACGAGGUGCACUCGAGCUUCAUCCACCGGCGCCUCCGCAGCCAGGAGCGGCGGGAGAUGCAGCGCGAGAUCCUCUCCAUUUUGGGCUUGCCCCACCGCCCGCGCCCGCACCUCCAGGGCAAGCACAACUCGGCACCCAUGUUCAUGCUGGACCUGUACAACGCCAUGGCGGUGGAGGAGGGCGGCGGGCCCGGCGGCCAGGGCUUCUCCUACCCCUACAAGGCCGUCUUCAGUACCCAGGGCCCCCCUCUGGCCAGCCUGCAAGAUAGCCAUUUCCUCACCGACGCCGACAUGGUCAUGAGCUUCGUCAACCUCGUGGAACAUGACAAGGAAUUCUUCCACCCACGCUACCACCAUCGAGAGUUCCGGUUUGAUCUUUCCAAGAUCCCAGAAGGGGAAGCUGUCACGGCAGCCGAAUUCCGGAUCUACAAGGACUAUAUCCGGGAACGCUUCGACAAUGAGACAUUCCGGAUCAGCGUUUAUCAGGUGCUCCAGGAGCACUUGGGCAGGGAAUCAGAUCUCUUCCUGCUCGACAGCCGCACCCUCUGGGCCUCGGAGGAGGGCUGGCUGGUGUUUGACAUCACAGCCACCAGCAACCACUGGGUGGUCAAUCCGCGGCACAACCUGGGCCUGCAGCUCUCGGUGGAGACGCUGGAUGGGCAGAGCAUCAACCCCAAGUUGGCGGGCCUGAUUGGGCGGCACGGGCCCCAGAACAAGCAGCCCUUCAUGGUGGCUUUCUUCAAGGCCACGGAGGUCCACUUCCGCAGCAUCCGGUCCACGGGGAGCAAACAGCGCAGCCAGAACCGCUCCAAGACGCCCAAGAACCAGGAAGCCCUGCGGAUGGCCAACGUGGCAGAGAACAGCAGCAGCGACCAGAGGCAGGCCUGUAAGAAGCACGAGCUGUAUGUCAGCUUCCGAGACCUGGGCUGGCAGGACUGGAUCAUCGCGCCUGAAGGCUACGCCGCCUACUACUGUGAGGGGGAGUGUGCCUUCCCUCUGAACUCCUACAUGAACGCCACCAACCACGCCAUCGUGCAGACGCUGGUCCACUUCAUCAACCCGGAAACGGUGCCCAAGCCCUGCUGUGCGCCCACACAGCUCAAUGCCAUCUCUGUCCUCUACUUUGAUGACAGCUCCAACGUCAUCCUGAAGAAAUACAGAAACAUGGUGGUCCGGGCCUGUGGCUGCCACUAGCCCCUCCGAGAAUUCAGACCCUUUGGGGCCAAGUUUUUCUGGAUCCUCCAUUGCUCGCCUUGGCCAGGAACCAGCAGACCAACUGCCUUUUGUGAGACCUUCCCCUCCGUAUCCCCAACUUUAAAGGUGUAAGAGUAUUAGGAAACAUGAGCAGCAUAUGGCUUUUGAUCAGUUUUUCAGUGGCAGCAUCCAAUGAACAAGAUCCUACAAGCUGUGCAGGCAAAACCUAGCAGGAAAAAAAAACACGCAUAAAGAAAAAUGGUCGGGCCAGGUCAUUGGCUGGGAAGUCUCAGCCAUGCACGGACUCGUUUCCAGAGGUAAUUAUGAGCGCCCCCGCCAGCCAGACCACCCAGCCGUGGGAGGAAGGGGGCGUGGCAAGGGGUGGGCACAUUGGUGUCUAUGCGAAAGGAAAAUUGACCCGGAAGUUCCUGUAAUAAAUGUCACAAUAAAACGAAUGAAUGAAAAUG